AUGACAUUGGUUGGAAUUAGUGAAUUGCCUUCAUUAGGUGAUGAAUUGGAAAAUGCUAAGAGGGCUGCAUCUUAUAGAGCUGUCGACGAGAACUUAAAAUAUUUCGAGCAUAAGAUUAUUGGAAUUGGAAGUGGCUCGACUGUUGCUUAUGUGGCAGAGAGAAUAGGGCAAUACCAAGCAGAAUACGCUGACAAGGUGGAAUUUAUAUGCAUUGCGACUGGGUUCCAAUCUAGGGAUUUGAUAAUCACCAACAAGCUUCGCUUAGCGUCUAUCGAACAGUACCCUCAUAUUGAUAUUGCGUUUGAUGGGGCCGACGAGGUAGAUCACAAUUUGCAAUUGAUCAAAGGCGGUGGUGGCUGCUUAUUCCAGGAAAAAUUAGUUUGCACUAGCAGUCAACAGCUAAUUGUUGUUGCAGAUGCUAAGAAGAAGUCUCCGAAGUAUCUAGGUACCUGCUGGAAGAAAGGUGUACCUAUCGAAGUGGUUCCUGGCGCCCAUGUUUUUGUACAGAGUAAGUUGCGCGAGAUAGAAGGCUUCGAGUUUGCGGAACUAAGGGACGGAGGCCAGUCGAAAGCUGGUCCUGCUAUUACGGAUAACAACAACUUUAUAAUUGAUGCACACUUUGGGCAAAUUCAAGACCCCAUUGAGUUGCACUCAAGAAUAAAGAUGCUUGUCGGAGUUGUAGAAACUGGUUUAUUUGUCAACAACGCCGAAAAAGUCUACUUUGGAACCCCAGAUGGUAAUGUCGAGGUCCUAUCUAGGUAG